UAUUUCCGCGGCGUCUCUCCAACGCAUACACUUCACAGUUCAACACCUCUUUAUUCCUUCCAAACGCCUCCUUCUCACUUUCUCUCUCUACACUCAUCAAUGGCUUCUUCCUCUAAGCUUCUUUUCUCUCUCUUCUCUCUUCUUCAAAUCACGCUUUCUCUCUCUUCAACUCUCUUCCUUCCUCUUCACAAAGAUACGGAUAGAAACCAGUACUUGACCCGAAUCUACCAUGGGUCGAAGCUAAUGGAAGCUUCUCUUGUUGUAGAUCUGAACUCUCCUUUUUUAUGGCUUGAUUGUUCUUCUUCUCAGAAACAAAUCACAACUGUUAAUUGUCGGUCUAUACAGUGUACCUCCGCCGCACCGAAUUCCUGCCCUUCGAAUUCAGAUCGGAGUUGUUCGAUUCCGUUGCAGAAUCCUACUACGGGGGUUUCUGCUUUUGGGGAGCUUGUUGAAGGCACUGUUUCUUUUCGUGAUGAUGAAGUUUCAGCCGUUGAUUCUUUUCUCUUCUCUUGUGCGCCGUCGAUUUUACUGUCUGGGUUACCGUCAAGUUCUAAAGGAGUUUUAGGGCUUGGACGAACUAGGAUUGGUGCUAUUUCUCAGAUUUCUCACUUUUUCGAGUAUCCGAAGAAGUUUUCCCUCUGUUUAUCUUCCGAAAAUGGUAUGAUUUUAGAUGGAAAUGAUGAAAUUGAGGUUUUUAAAUCCAUGAUUUAUACGCCUCUUUUAGAUAAUGGUGAUUCUUCUUACAGCAUAAAUCUAAAAUCUGUGAAAAUCCAGAACAAAAAACUUGAUGUUGAGGAAUCACUGUUAUCAUCAAUUAAAAUCAGCACAAUAGAUCCUUAUUCAAAAAUGGAAACUAGGGUUUAUCAAGAAUUUGUUAGAGCUUUCGUAAUGGAAGCAGAAUCUCUUAACAUGCCAAGAGUUCAACCAAUUGGUGGAUUCGAUUACUGCUAUGAUAUCAAAGGAACUACAAAAGUUCCUAUAAUUAAUUUGGAACUACAAAGUGAAAUGGUGAAAUGGAGAAUUUUUGGGCAUAAUUCAAUGGUGAAAAUCAAUGAAGAUGUGAUGUGUUUAGGGUUCUUAGAUGGAGGAUAUGAUUUAGGAAACUCCAUUUCAAUCAUCCUUGGUGGUCAUCAAUUGGAAGAUAAUUUGUUGGAAUUCGAUUUGGGAUCUUCAAUGUUAGGGUUUAGUUCAUCUUUGUUAAAGAAACAAACAAGUUGUUCCCAAUUGAGUUCAUUGCACAGAGGAUCAAUUCAAUCUUUGUGAGAAUUUUUGUAAUUUUUUUCUGGAAAUUUUGUGGAAGAACAGGAAUUGUAACUUGUAAGAUGUAUUAGGGAAAAGUAGAAGUCUGAAAUUUUGACUAAUUUGUAGGGAAUAUGCUUUUAGGCAUAAACUCAUAAUUGGAUCUUUGUUAUAUGUAAAUGGUAAAAGUUUUAUCACGAAAUAAUAAGUGUGGUAAAUAUAUUUACCUAAA